AUGGGCAAUGUCUAUGGCGGCUCUAGUCUCAACAUAGCUGCCACUGGAGCACGAAAUGGUAACGACGGGUUAUUCUUCAAGAGGGAUCUGAAUUUGGUACGGACUGUGGAUUUGAUGACGCAAGUGGAAGACCAGAAGAACUGCUUUGGGGCCAAUGACUCUAAGAGAGACAACUUAGGGCUUGCAUGGGUCUGUGUGGAUGGAUCGAUGUAUAGGCGAGCAUGUCAUGAGUCACCAUUAUAUCAACGAGCGUGGACCUUUCAAGAACGUUUUUUAAACCCUCGCACUCUACAUUUUGGAAACCCUCAGAUAAUACUUAGAUGCCAUACACGCGUAAACUAUGAAACGUUUCCAGAGACUAGGCCAACUGAUUUCGAAGAGGGAGAUACUGUGGAAUCUCAAUAUUGCACUUUUCGCCGUGCUUGGUCAAUCAUAGUUGAAAACUAUUCGAAAAGCCAGCUGACAAUAAGCAGUGACAAGCUUGUGGCAUUGUCAGGUGUUGCUAAACAUUUCGCUAACAAAUAUAAGGUUGAAUAUCUUGCAGGAAUAUGGAAGGAGCAUUUGCCCCACGCUCUAGUAUGGUCAGUAGAUGACAAAGAUGGAACAGGGCCACCUCCACUUCGGGGACCAAGUUGGUCUUGGGCGAGUAGAAAUGGGCCUAUAAAACACGAUAGGACAUACUCUUUUGUCACAACACCUUAUGACGACCGCUCGAGCCCUUGGGAGGCGGAUGACUUUAUAGUUCUGGAUGUUCAGGUUCGGACAACUACACCUGAUUUAUACGGUCAUUGCCUUGGUGGAACAAUGCGUAUCGAGUGUGUCAAUCUACUAAAUGGAACCGAAACUCCUGGCGGAGUAUAUCCACACAGAUCCAGCAAAACCGUGCAUAUUGGGGAGGAAUCGUUCAGCAUCAAUUAUUAUCUUGAUGGCUGGAGAGGUCAUCAUACAAUAUAUUUGCUGAAGACAUUCUCGCGAAAUAAGCUGGGAAAUCCGAAACCUUUUUACGCAAGCAGCUCAAACGUUCAAUGUAGACCUCUCCCUUUUUUCCCUCCAAUUCCUGGAGCUCACGACUGUGAAGAGGGGCUUAUAAUAGCUCCUGUCGCUAGCAAGAAGGGGGUCUUCACACGCGUGGGGAUUUAUCAAGUUCCAGUGUAUGGUGGAACUUUGCAAGACUUCGAGAACUUGAGAAAUAAGGGCGAGCUUUCAUUUGAGAACAAGCUAUCGUUAUAUCAAGGAGUAUCAGGGGUCAAUAAAGCAGGACAUCAAACGUAUAUUAUCACUCUUGUCUAA